AUGGGAGAAAGCGGAGACGAUGCACACACGGAGAAGGACAGGAACAAGAGAUGGGAGAUGGCAUUCAAAGCCCGGAUGAGACAAAUCAUUCCUGGUCUCUUCCUCGGAAACGUCGAAGCAUCACACAAACAAGACAUGCUUCGAGAGAACCGCAUCACCGCCAUAGUAUCACUAACUGAUGCUCGGUGGGUAUGGUGGAACACGACGACAAGAGAGGCAGGCAUUCCGGAACAACGUCACAAAUGGGUUCAAUGCGCGGACUCGUCGACGCAGGAUCUUCUUGCUUAUAUGAACGACAUAUGCGAUUUUAUUGAUCAAAUGGCAUCUCCAGCGCUCUUGUCAUCAACUUCCUUGGAAGUCCAACCAGAGCACUACGAGUCGAAUGUCGAACCGCGCGAUGUACCUUCGGAGGCUAUAUUGAUUCACUGUGAUCUUGGAAUCUCUCGUUCGCCAACAAUCAUCAUUGCUUAUCUUAUGCGCAAGUACGCCAUGAAGCAAGACGAUAUCAUGGAAUUUAUCCAAUUUAAGCAGAAAGUCAAACCGAGCGCCAAUUUCCUCCGGCAACUUCAAGUUUGGGAAGAGGUGGAAUAG